CGCUGCCUCGCCCCCGGCGACUGCUUUUCUCGGGCCUCUCCCCGUCGUGCGUCCCUUCAGAGGCAAUCCGCACCCGCGGCAGCCACGGUAGUAAGGCGACGGCGCUCCUCCUGAGGCUUCCCGAGCACCCUGCUGUUCGUCGGACCCUACGAGGACAGCAGUACUCUAGCUCUUGGCCGCCCACCCGGGUCCCAUCUCCAGCUGGGGGAGUCGGAAGAUGCGGUUUCCGGGAGAGCCGCGUUUGCGACGUUGACUUGAGCGAAAGCACCCUUCGUCUCUCAGCAGGAACGGUGGGCUUGGAAAGUGGACGUUUGAGCAUGGGGCCACGGCCACUUCAAACGUAUCACUCCUUCUUGCGGCAGAGAGUUACGCAGAUCAGAUCGUGCAUUUUAUUCCGUGGCAGUUUGUUUCUAGGGAGGGGGAGGGCAGCUUUCUCCUGCCUGCCUCCCGCCAUAUGUGAUCGGCGCAUCGGAGCACAUCACAUAGCGCCCUGUCGGUUUUUCCAACUUACUUACGCCAAGAGGUGCUGCGUGAAACCAUACCACUUGUCUUAAUGCUGGUCCACCGGUCAGUCUGGUCCCUGCCCUCUGCCAUUUGAAAGGGUCUUCCGUCCCUUGACUUCUUCUCCUAGACACAUUGGAGCCAAGUGUCCUGUUCUGCCUGAGUACUUUGAAGAAAGAGGCUCUUUUGGCUUGAUAGGCUGGCUUCGCUUUCUGCUAUUUUCCUGGUUUUCACCGGAAGCAAAGCUGACCAGGCUGGGUUGGGCCCGGUAGAAGGGUUCGGCCCUCUUGCCCAAGCCUUUGUGUUCAGAAGCAAAGCAUUCUCAAGGAACGAGGCUGCUGAUCAAUCCCUUUCUGCUCUUUUGUAACGGGCUCCAAAGUGCUGUUGCAGCACCAUUGCUGUCCCUGUUGCUCUUGGCCUCUGUAGCAACAACUCGUGCGACAACAUCUUUGUGCAAGAGUUUUCCCAACUGGGGCAAGGAGAUAAGCUUUCCCUUUUCACCUCCAGCAUCCACUGCAAGGAGAAAAGGGCACGGAGUGUAGAUUACGGAAAGCAGUUGCUCACUCAAGUGUGCCCUACUCAGAUAAUAGAGGCCUUGGAAUACCGUGUCCCUUUCUGGACACCACCCUUCAAAAAGGAUAAUAGCGAACAAUUUCAGAGGAGGGCUGCCAAGACAGUCAGGAGUCUGGAAACCAAGUUGUAUAUGGACUGGGUAUGUUUCGUGUGCAAAAAAAGGGGAACUAUGAUGCUUUCCCAGUCUCUGAAGGGUUACAGCACAGAAGAAGGAAUGGACUUACUCUUUGUUGUCCCAGAAGGCAGGACCACAACCAAGGGGUUAGAGCUGCAGGAAGGAGAAUCAGGCUAGACACCCAGAAGAACUUCCUGACUGUACAAGCUGCUGGCCAGUUGAGCGGGCUGCCACAUGAAGUGGUCGGUUUCUCUUUGCUGGUGGCUGUCGCACAGAGACUGGGCACCUGUCUCUCUGAAAUGCUAUAGCAGAUUCUCCACCAAGCAGGCAGUUACGUAAGAUGAGCUCUGAUGUCUUCUCUGGCUUUGUGACUCAGAUCUUAUGCCCAGAAGUGGCUUCCUCUGCCUACUGAAGGAGCUGCAACUCCUGUUUGGUCAUUUGCAGAUGACCUGAAUGGUGGCCAGCAUUUUUAUUAGCACUGCUGCUGACACAAUGUCUCCCUGAAAUUCUCUGCACUUGGGAGAGAUCCUGCUUGUGGGUAGUUCUGGGUGGCAUAAUCUCAUUCCCCGGCUUUUCUUCUUGCAAUGUUACUUUAUUCAAAGGAGCUUUCUCUCUACCCGUGUAAGACUUGCUCUGGAAGUCCAGUGGAAUAAGAAUUGCCUUAUGGAAUUGGACCCAAGCAAAGUGAAUCCUUCUGAUAUUCCCAGCCAUAGGCAACCAUACGUUCCAGCAAAGCUGCUCUUGGAAGGUCCCGGUAUUGACCAUGGCAAACGUGGCCGCCUGCUUAGGGCCGCCGUUCUUUGCAUAGGUGGAGUUCUGCAAAUAGUCCGUUGCUUCAAGCCACAUUAAGAAAUCCCUACUGGACCGUAGCCUCCCCAUUCCCCAUCACACUAGCUUUCUCUGCUGGAACAGUAAGCGUAGGGGUGGGUGGCUCUCUACUCCCCCCUCGCUCAUUUCUGAGGUGGUACAGACCCAGGAGGGGUGUCUGACAGCCAUGUGCUAAACGUAUGUCAGCUGUGCCUGUUCUUGGGGUACACCGCAGGAUCAUUGGGUAUGCGGGAUUGAAUGGCGUUGGGCACGUGGGGACAGAGGAGCAGACGUUUAGGCAGCGGCAAGGCAACUGAAGCCUCCCUGGUUGCAGUGUGGAGCAUUCCCCAGUGAACAGGCCCCCUCCUGCUUCCCAGUCUGGUCCUGUCUUUCAUCUCUCACUGCCCUCUUAAACCCCUCUGGCACCUGGGAUUAAUCUUUCUGUAGCUGGCUGGAAUCUGAGCAUGUGCAGUUCCUUCAAACGCUCCCCUCUUCGCCCAUUCCCUUGCUUCUGAUGUCAGGCAAGCUUAGGGGCAUAUAAGGAAAUUGAAAACAGAAGGGUAAAGGUGGGGGUGGGAGCAGAAGCACAGGAUCUGUUCUCCCAACCCUGUGAUACAGAAGGUAGUCCAAGCCAUCCUCCCCUCUUGGUUGGUGGGGCAGCCAUUGAAUGCUUGCACCCCUAGGCCUGGAGCGAGCUCGGUCGUCCUGGCCUCCCCUGCCGGUUGCAAUCACACAUGACCUGGUUGCCUGACCUUGGCUCCAUGAGGCGACUGCCUCUGACUGGGGAAGUCCAGGGGAUCCAGUAGAACCUCUGUUGCCUUAAAUUGGUUCCUUUUUGCUAUGGAUCUUGGCCACUGGCCAGUGCAGGUGAGGGAUCCAGGCUCCAGAGGGAACUGGGCUGGUGUCGAUUCUGGCUCGGUGGCGAAUCUCUCAACGUUCAGAAGCCAGGUUUACUCUGCAGCACUGGAGGCAGCGAGGGCCAGGAGUAGGUGGCAGGGUGGCCACAGAUGGUUCUUCCAACUCUCAGGAUGGCAACCGUUCCCUUCUCUCCUGCAGGUCGCCAGGCCACCUUUGGUCCACCUGGCAGGCAGUAAUCCCUCUCCGUGCCCCGUGGCGGCAGCAACAUGAGUGAGGUGUCGGUCAUUAAGGAGGGAUGGCUGCACAAGCGAGGGGAAUACAUCAAAACCUGGAGACCCAGGUAUUUCCUCCUCAAAAGCGAUGGCUCUUUCAUUGGAUACAAGGAGAAGCCUGAAGCAGCAGAUCACAGCACACCUCCUUUGAACAACUUCUCUGUGGCAGAAUGCCAGCUGAUGAAAGCAGAGCGGCCUCGUCCCAACACUUUUAUCAUCCGCUGCUUGCAGUGGACAACGGUCAUUGAACGGACGUUCCACGUGGACUCCCCGGAGGAAAGGGAAGAGUGGAUCCAGGCCAUUCAGAUGGUGGCCAACAGCUUAAAGAACCAGGAGCCAGAAGAGGAGGACAGGAUGGACUACAAAUGUGGCUCCCCCAGUGACAGCACAGGGGCUGAGGAAAUGGAAGUGGCUGUGACCAAGUCCAGGACCAAGGCGACCAUGAGUGACUUCGACUACCUGAAGCUCCUUGGAAAGGGUACUUUUGGGAAGGUCAUCCUUGUACGGGAAAAGGCCACAGGCCGUUACUAUGCCAUGAAGAUUCUGCGCAAGAAGGUCAUAAUUGCCAAGGAUGAAGUGGCUCACACCGUCACGGAGAGCCGAGUGCUGCAGAACACAAGGCACCCCUUUCUCACGGCCCUGAAAUACGCGUUCCAGACCAACGACCGCCUCUGUUUCGUCAUGGAAUAUGCCAACGGAGGGGAGCUGUUUUUCCACCUCUCGAGAGAGCGCGUCUUCACCGAGGAGCGUGCCCGUUUCUACGGGGCUGAGAUCGUCUCUGCCCUGGAGUAUCUCCACUCUCGGGAUGUUGUUUACCGUGACAUCAAGCUGGAGAAUCUCAUGCUGGAUAAAGAUGGACACAUCAAAAUCACAGACUUUGGUCUGUGCAAGGAAGGGAUCACCGAUGGCGCCACCAUGAAGACCUUCUGUGGGACACCGGAAUACCUGGCCCCAGAGGUGCUGGAGGACAAUGAUUACGGGCGGGCCGUGGACUGGUGGGGCCUAGGCGUGGUCAUGUAUGAGAUGAUGUGUGGGCGCCUCCCCUUCUACAGUCAGGACCACGAGCGUCUCUUUGAGUUGAUCCUCAUGGAGGAGAUCCGCUUCCCGCGCACGCUCAGUCCUGAAGCCAAGGCCCUGUUGGCUGGUCUGCUCAAGAAGGACCCCAAGCAGAGGCUGGGGGGUGGCCCCAACGAUGCCAAGGAGGUGAUGGAGCACCGGUUCUUUGCUGCCAUUAACUGGCAAGAUGUGGUUCAGAAGAAGCUCAUCCCCCCUUUCAAGCCCCAGGUGACAUCUGAAAUCGAUACUCGGUACUUUGAUGACGAGUUCACAGCACAGUCCAUCACCAUUACUCCACCGGACCGAUAUGACAGCGUGGACCCCCUGGAGGCAGACCAGAGGACCCACUUCCCUCAGUUCUCCUACUCCGCAAGCAUACGGGAAUAGCGUUGCAGCGCUCCUGUGGUGCACCUGCAAGAGAGGCGGUGGGGCUGGCCAGACCCAGAGCUCAGGGUGGGGGGGACCACCCCAUCUGGCUGAUCCCAGGCUUCCCAGCUUCUGGGGGCCAAGUGGACAACCCUGGGCCUGCCACCCUCAGCCCUGGCAGUCAGGCAGCAGAGGCAGUCUUGCCACAGCCAGGUGGCUGCCUGGACCAGCGGAGUCACUCUGUGCCCUUGUCUCCCCGCCCUGCCCCCAAGCCAUCCUUUACAUCCCUGCCUCCAGGCCCCGGCUGAGUUUCAUGUGGGAAUUGCUUUGGUUUGUUCUGAUAGCUUCACAGGGCUGUGCCCCUGCCGCGGGGCUGUUAGGGAGAGGACCGUGCAGGGCCCUGGCAUGUAUGCAGUCAGGUGAAGAAGGGGGAGCAUCUCUUGCUGUCUCCUGUGUGGGGUGCCACCCUGGGAACAGGAACCUGCAGUGCGAAGGGCUCUUAGCACUGUGGCUUGCAAGGCUGUGUUAAGAGGAGAGCAGAGCCCCCAAAGCCCGCCCCCCCUCACCACCAAGAUUUGUUUCUGUGGGAUAGUCGCCGGCAGGCUGGGGCUCCAGUGCCUACUGGGGGGCAUAGCUAGGCAGCUGGGAUCUCCUUUACAUUUUGGUGCAGCAGACGAAAGGGCUUCCCCAGCCCCCUCUGGGUGCUGCUGCUAUCAGGAUCCUUGAGGUGCCCUCCAAAUAACAGAGGGAGGAGCUUGCCCCCGUGCCCACUUAGGAGCAGUGGCCUUUCUGAGUCUCCUUCCUGCUAGAUGCCAACAGCCUGAGGGAGCCCCAAGGCAGCUGCACCUUCCUGCCCCGUGGUAGUCUGCAAGUGCUGCUUCUGAGGCCCAGGAACGGACCUCGCUGGAUGGUGGAGUAAACGUUUGCCUGCCCUGAGUUGUGGAAUAAGGAGGGAUCAGGCCCAGCUCCCCCGCCCAUUUGUCCCUCCGCCAGCCUCUGGAACGGGGCUGGCAGAGCGCUGUCCUUCUGAUAAACCUGUGGGUCGCUGACUCCCCGGCCCAGGGCUUGGGAUGUCCCGCAGUGCCUCCACCCUUUUUUCGGCCCAAAUAGCUUGCUUGUUCCCAAGCCUCCACCCUCCCAUGGCCCAAAUAGCUUGCUUGUUCCCAAGCAGCCCUGCUGCUCCCACCUCUGACCCUGGGGGUAGGGCAGGCCCCAACCCUCCUGCAGCUGGGGGGCUGUGGAAGAGCCCCGUGUCUUCCACGCCUUUGCUGGCGGGGCGCGUUUCCCAGCCGCUCAGAGUUCCAGGCCUGCGGCAUUUAGCGCUGGGGAGUCUCCCCACCCACCUGUAAUGCAGGCCCCGCGUUUUCCUCCACCUCACCUUCCCAGUUCCACACCGGAGUGUGUGCUUCCCCUUUCUCUUCCAGGUCCUGCAAGGAGGAAGCUGCCUUGUUCCCUGGUCCUCCAGGAUAACUCUGAAAUAAUUCCCAAGGGAGUUUAUUCUAGGAAACGGUAGGACGAUAGCUGACCUGCCCAGUUUGCGCCCCAUCCAGGAUGGAGUUGCUCCUCAGAUGCUCACCCCCUCUGAAGAAAGGCAUGGUCUGCGCUUGCCACAGGCAGAGCUGGGGGGCCAAAGGGGAGGCUGGCCUAGAGCUCUUCUGCUGCUUCCUUUCCCUCCUGGGGAGGUCCUUGAAGUUAGACCCAGGAUAGACCAGGCCCUGGUACUGGAAUCCAAGGCUGGCGUCGCCCUGCCAGUCCUGUUUGGCUUGACCCAUAGCCCCUUGCAGAGGCCAGAGCUGCAGCUCACUGUCCAGGGAAGGAGCAGGCAA